CAAACAUGGUAACGGCACUUUUCCCACAAAAAACAUGGUUAAUUUUCGUAAUAUAGGAUAGUUUAAAACAUAAACUCAUAAAACAUAUUUUUAAUAUUAUCAAAACUUUAAAAACGCCUUAAAACGUUUAUUUGAGACACAAUUGAAGCGUUCAUGACAUUGUAACAGUGGGUUGUUUUCUGAAGCCUCGUGGCCGAAAUGGCAGGAGAUCACAGUAGGCGCACGCGCACUUGCUACACUGCCUACAGGUCCCGUUACUCCUGCGCACUCUCUUCAAAUGUGCUACAGUGUUUGACAAUCUUGUUCAAAGGAUUUAAAAAAAAAAUCAUUCAAGACACUGCAAUACGACGCGUUUAUGUCUAGCUUUCAGUAGGUUUAAAUGAGUUUUUUUCCAAACGUUGAUAGUUUGACUGCUGGCUAGUUAAACAGACCUGUUAAAGGACUGUGGUGAAGACACAACGCAAGAAGUCUGAACGGGACAGGUAUUUUGUUAUCUGUAGAGGUGAGGAAUGGGCCGUAAGCUGGAUUUGUCCGGUCUGACGGAUGAUGAGGCAGAGCAUGUGCUACAGGUGGUGCAACGGGACAUGCAGCUGCGGAAGACAGAGGAGACACGACUCAGUGAGAUGAAGGAGGCGCUGGUUGAGGAGGGCAGUCGAAGUCUUUUGCUGUCGCGGCAGCACAGGUUCAAUGAACGUUGCUGCAUUCGUUGCUGUUCGCCCUUCACCUUCCUUCUCAAGCCCAAGCGUUCCUGCCUGGACUGUCGCUACAACAUCUGCAAGAGCUGCUGUACCUUCCAUAAAAAGGACAGGGGCUGGCUGUGCUCCGCCUGCAAGAGGAGCAGGCUUCUAAAGAUCCAGUCACUGGAGUGGUUUUACAAUAAUGUGAGAAGGCGUUUUAAAAGAUUUGGCAGUGCCAAAGUGUUAAAGAAUCUCUACAGGAGACACGCAGCAGAGCGUGGAGUGCUAGCGGAGCUUACAGAGGGCAGCACGUAUGAGGAGGAGGGCAUCUACAAUGAAAGCAGCGUGUAUGAGAGCGACUCAACGUUUUACAGGCAAAGUGAAGAGCGCAGCAUGGCUGAGACUAUCAGUGUGGCACUGCGGGUAGCAGAUGAGGCCGUAGAUGAGGCCAUUGCUAAAGCUGAGAGACAGACUGACAGUCAGGAAAAGCAGAACGAGGCUUAUUAUCUGCGAGAGCACAGAGAAGAGCUGAUAGAAGAAUUGGCCACAACUAUAGUACAGAAAAUUGUCCAACGGAGGAGGGAUCUUUCUGCGAUGCAGACGGGUGAUAGAUUCACCCCUGAUCAAACUAACGGUGCUGUCGAUGCAUCUCUCUGGAGAUCUCACUCAGCUUUUUGCCUUUUGCCUGAUGAGACAGUGGAGCAGCAUGGUAACGUUGGGUCGAGGCUAUCAGCCUUAUCCGUUGAUGGAAAUGAAAUAAAGAAAGAAGGAACUGAUCAGGCCAUGCAUAGCUGGAGGAGUGUUGACCGACUGGACAAUUCCAUGUUACAGAGCCUUGACGGUAACUGGAUCACUUAUCAAAGCACACAAUCUUCACGUCCAAGCCUUUUAACCAAAUGCAAGAGCCUGGUCUCAAGCGUCCUGGAAGGGGAUUCUGCCGUGGUAUCCGCUUAUGAUGACAUGGACACAGAAACAGAGACUGAAGCUGAUGGGGUCUGGGGCUCAGCCCUGCAGGAACUUUGUUUUAAGAUGUCUGCAAACAAGCAGUUGAGUUAUCCUGAAUCUUACAGCCGUCAAUCAACCUUGCCUUUGGAUUCAAAAACCCAGCAAUAUACUGCUUAUAGCGAGACCUUCCUUGACCAGGAUGGACCUCUGUCCAAGUCUCAAAAAUCUCUGCAGACCUUCCAGAAAAGGAAGGUGCCACUGGACCAGAGGCGACCCUCAUCCACUCGUCGCCCCUGCACUGUUGAUUUCAAUCCAGGUGGGGCGGAGAGCAGUGAGGAUGGCCUAGAGGACAGCAGGGUCAAAAGGUCACGUAGGAGGAGGAAAAAUAAGAAAGAAGAUGCUGAGUGGAAAGGACAGUUAGCGUCGGAUUGCAGUGGACAACUCUCAGAUGCUCUGGUGAAGAGACAGUAUGUUAAACACGACCCAGGCUUAUGUGAUCAAGAUCUAGAAGCUGAUGCUUCAGAUACUGCAACCCCUGACAUCUUGAGCUCUGGAGGAAUAACCCCUGAACCAUGGGAGCCCAAUGAUCACAAAGCCCAAGCUGUGGUUGAAUCUUUAGAUCAAGAGCUGACUUCCAAACUGAAAGCGCUAACCAGUCAAGUCAGUGAGACACAACUUUCCUCUACAGAGGAUGAAUUGGACAGGUUGGAACAUCAAAUCAGAGAUCCAGAAAAUAACACAAUGGGAGAUGCUACAUUUGAUGCUAAAGAAAGAUUAGAUGAAACUGAAGUCGCAUAUCAACAAAUAAGAACUGAGAGGAUGGAGGAAGACAAGCUGACCUCCAAAUUUAUAGAGCUAACUAGAGAAGUCACUGAGAUACAACUUUCCUCCACUGAAGAUGAAUUGGACAGGUUUGAUCAUCAAAUUAGAGAUUCAGAAAAUAACACCAAAGAAAAUGACCUUAUGAGAGAUCUUGCGUUUGAUUUUGAGGUUGAUGCAAAAGAAAGAUCAGGUGAAACUGCACGAACUGAGAGAAUGGAGGAAGACAAUCUGACCUCUAAACUCAAAGAGCUAACAAGACAAGUCAGCGAGACACAACUUUCCUCCACUGAAGAUGAAUUGGACAAGUCUGAGCAUCGAAUUGAAUUGGAAGCCACAUAUCAACCAAUCAGAACUGAGAUCCUGGAAUCAGAUGAUAAUAGGACACAUAAUCAAGACAAAUUGAUACAAUUCAAUAGCGAAAAACCCCAAAGUCAUGUAGAGAGGAUGGUUGAAAAAGCAGAAGCAAAGAGAAACAUUAUCGAGAACCAGACUGAGAUGUCAGGUGAUAUUAACAAUGACAUGCAAAAACAAAGUCUUUUAGUGACAGACGCACAAAAUGAGAUAACAAGAGAGAGGACUGGAAAGACAAAUAGCCAGAGACUGAAGAAAGUCCAGACUGAAGAAAGAAGCUCGGCUGAGGGUGAGCAAAGCGAAGCUGAGGAUACACAGACAGUCGAUCCAAAUGAGGAGCAAAGAGAGACCUUAGUUAUUACUAAGGGUCCAGAGGAGGAAUUUGAUAAGAUCAUUGAUGGUGUAGCAAAACCUUUGGAUGCCAUUAAAAAGGAGCUGGAAGCUUUCUGUAGUAAGGGCAGAAAGGAAAGUGAGGUGGAGAAACUAGAGAUGAUUGAUAAUGAAGAGAUCAAGGUGAGUGAAAACAACAUGGAAUGCGAGCGAUCCUUUGUUGCUCAAUCACCGGAGGAGGUCCAGGAAAAAGAAAUAAAUCAGGAUGGUAAGAUCAAUGACGGUGUGAGAGAAGAUGCUAAGGCGACAGAAGACAAUGAAUGCAUAAAUAUUGUCAAAUCAGAAGAGAGGCUCUUAAAUAAGGAUACUGACAAUCAAGGUGACUUGGAUGAGAAAAGUGAGCAGCAGAGGGACCUCGUAACCCAGAUCUCUGUUCAGUAUAGCGCCCCAUCUGUUCAGGAGCAGUAUCUUUCACCAGAGGAGAUCUACAAGGGUUCACACAUACUGGACAUGGAGACAAACAUACAUUUUGUCACCAGUAUACUACAGCAGAAGUAUUCAGCUGCAUCACUGCGCAGCAUCACGACAGAAGUGCUGAAAGUGCUGAACGCUACAGAGGAUCUGAUUCACGGAUCGAUGGGCAAUGGACGAAGCCAGGGUGACCUCACAAGUAUUCCUUCAGCAGAGGCCAAAAGACUGGACGAACACCUCAGCCGACUAGAGGAGAAUGUGUAUGUGGCUGCAGGUACGGUGUUUGGGCUUGAAGCUGAACUGGGGGAUCUGGAGGAAUGUGCACGCAGCAUCAGUGGAUCCACCUGUGAUGGAGAGCUCAUUCACCUGGAGGAUCAAGUGGCUUCUGCAGCAGCUCAGGUGCAACAGUCUGAACUACAGAUUUUAGACAUCGCAGCAAGAAUUGCUGCCCUGAAACAUGCAGGCCUCAAUGUAGCUCCACAGAAUCCAUUUUCCAAGGUCAAGACUACAAUAACUAAGACACAAACCAUUGGCUCAUCCCGAAAACUAAGGAGGCGACUGCCAGCACCUCCAAUGCAAGAUAAGGAACCUUAAAGAGGAUUAUUGGAGAAUCAGGAAGCAUCACUUCAGAGUUAAAUGACAAAUAAUCCAACAAAGCCUCUGGUCACCUGUGCCUUGAUGCUAUGGCCAUACAGUAUGUGCUAUAAAAAUAAGCUCUGGUUGGAAAUAUAAAAAUGGACUGAUGUUUGGCUUAUGCGGUGAUGUCGUUGACACUGACCAUGUGAUAAGAGCACAAAGAUAACAAUCAGUAUCACAACUUCAAACUUAUUACCUCUUUAUGGCCUGUACUACUGUCAUUCUUUAGAAGUAGUUAGCAGAUUUAUUUAUGUAUAAUUACAAUUAUGCGAUCUAAAGUAAUGUGGUGACCGUAACUGUGAAUCAAAGAAAUAUCUGUAACAGGCUACUUAAUUUCUCACUAUAGACUAAAAACUGUACAGUACAAAAUAUAUAACUAUAAUAUUUAAUUGAAAGUAAUGUUAUUUUCGUCAAUGAUAUAUCUUUUAAAGUGGAUUUUAUUAUUCUAAUGCGUUAGCUACGAUAUAUGAAUCAGUGAUACAGAACAGACAUUUUAUAUUCGCAGACAGAAUUAUAUAAACUCUCCUAUAGUGUUAAUUUCAUAUUAUCUGCAGAUUUUACAAUGUAAAUGAGUUAUUGUACUGUAUAUGUGUAAAAUAAUAAAUGUUCAUAUUUAGA